AUGAUGAUAUCCAACGGAAUCGAAGACGAGGACAAAUGGCUUGCCGAGGGCAUCGCCGGAAUCCAGCACAACGCCUUCUACCUCCACCGUGCUCUGGAUUCGAAUAAUCUGCGGGAAGCGCUGAAAUUCUCCGCUCAGUUGCUGUCCGAGCUUCGGACUUCGAGACUCUCGCCUCACAAAUAUUAUGAGCUCUAUAUGCGUGCAUUUGAUGAAUUGAGGCGUCUGGAGAUGUUCUUCAAAGAGGAAGAUCGGCACGGUUGUUCGGUGGUUGACCUAUACGAGCUUGUUCAGCAUGCUGGAAACAUCUUGCCUAGAUUGUAUCUUCUAUGCACAGUUGGGUCUGUCUAUAUAAAGUCAAAGGAGGCUCCAGCAAAGGAUGUUCUGAAAGAUCUAGUAGAAAUGUGUCGUGCUGUGCAACAUCCCAUCCGUGGACUGUUUUUAAGGAGUUAUCUUGCUCAAGUUAGUAGAGACAAGUUGCCAGAUAUUGGUUCAGAAUAUGAAGGUGAAGGAGAUACUGUCAUGGAUGCUGUAGAAUUUGUGCUGCAGAAUUUUACAGAGAUGAAUAAACUCUGGGUCCGGAUGCAGCAUCAGGGACCUAUUAGGGAGAGAGAUAAAAUUGAAAAGGAAAGGAAUGAACUGCGUGAUCUCGUGGGGAAAAAUUUACACGUCCUUAGUCAGAUAGAGGGUGUUGACCUUGAAAUAUACAGAGACAAUGUUCUUCCAGGAGUCCUAGAGCAGAUUGUUAAUUGUAAGGAUGAGCUAGCACAAUAUUAUUUGAUGGACUGCAUAAUUCAAGUUUUUCCAGAUGAAUACCACUUACAAACCCUUGAGACUUUAUUGGGUGCCUGCCCCCAACUACAACCUACAGUUGACCUGAAAACAGUGUUGUCACAACUGAUGGAGCGAUUAUCAAAUUAUGCUGCUUCAAGUCCCGAAUUGUUGCCAGAAUUUUUGCAAGUUGAAGCAUUUUCCAAGCUGAGCAGUGCAAUUGGAAAGGUUAUUGAAGCACAAGCUGAUAUGCCUGUCGUUGGAGCCAUUACUUUGUACGUGUCUCUUCUGACUUUCACACUUCGUGUUCAUCCCGAUCGGCUGGAUUAUGUGGAUCAAGUGCUGGGAGCAUGUGUCAAAAUCUUAUCUGGGAAGCCGAAGCUUGAGGAUAGUAGAGCAACGAAACAAGUUGUGGCCCUUCUUAGUGCUCCACUCGAUAAAUAUGAUGACAUUGUCACAGCUCUUACACUUUCUAAUUAUCCUCGCGUGAUGGAUCACCUUGAUGCUAGGACAAACAAAGUCAUGGCAAUGGUUAUAAUCCGAAGCAUUAUGAAGAACACCACCUGCGUUUCAACUUCUGACAAGGUUGAAGUUUUGUUUGAACUGAUAAAGGGUUUGAUAAGGGAUUUGGAAGGGAUUUCUACAGAUGAGCUUGAUGAAGAGGAUUUUAUUGAGGAGCAAAAUUCUGUUGCAUGCCUCAUGCACAUGUUGUAUAAUGAUGAUCCCGAGGAGAUGCUGAAGAUAAUCUGUACAGUAUGGAAACACGUAAAGGCUGGAGGUCCAACGCGCCUACCUUUUACGGUUCCUCCACUUGUGUUUUCUUCCCUCAAGUUGGUGAGACGAUUGCACUGCCAAGAUGGAGAUGUAGCUGGAGAAGAAGUUCCAGCCACUCCAAAGAAAAUAUUUCAGAUCCUCAAUCAGAUUGUUGAGACUCUUUCUGUUGUCCCAUCACCUGAAUUGGCAUUGAGGCUGUAUUUGCAAUGUGCAGAGGCAGCUAAUGACUGUGAUCUUGAACCAGUGGCUUAUGAUUUUUUCACCCAAGCCUUUGUUCUUUACGAGGAAGAAGUUGCGGAUUCCAAAGCCCAGGUGACGGCUAUACACCUAAUAAUUGGGACUCUGCAGAGAAUGAAUGUUUUUGGUGUUGAAAACCGAGAUACAUUGACUCAUAAAGCAACAGGGUAUUCGGCCAAACUUUUAAAAAAACCAGAUCAGUGCCGAGCAGUUUAUGCGUGUUCGCAUCUUUUCUGGGUAGAUGAUCAGGAUGGCAUCAAAGAUGGAGAGAGGGUUCUACUCUGCUUAAAGCGUUCAUUGAGGAUUGCAAAUGCUGCUCAGCAGAUGGCGAAUGUCACCAGGGGUAGCAGUGGGCCCGUAACACUCUUCGUUGAAAUACUUAACAAGUAUCUGUACUUUUUCGAGAAAGGGAACCCACAGAUAACAGCAUCUGCAAUUCAGGGACUCAUUGAGUUGAUUAAGACCGAAAUGCAGAGCGACGGUGCAACACCCAACGCUACUUCAGAUUCUUUCUUCACGAGCACCUUACGUUAUAUUCAGUUCCAGAAACAAAAGGGAGGUGCCAUGGGUGAGAAAUAUGAACCCAUCAAGUUGUGA